CGAGGGAGCUGUCCCGAGCCCCUGAGCCCGGGCGGCGCGCGUCUGCUCCGCGGCUGCCAGGCCAGGUGUUUGUCGCCUGGUCCUGGUGGUGCUGAGCCUCUGGCCAGAUAGAGCCUUUGCCCCUGGGCCACCGUCUGGCUCCCCUCGAGCCUCCUCAGACCCCCGCACCGAGCUGGACAGCGCUGUCCUCCUGACUCGGUCGCUGCUGGCAGACACUCGGCAGCUGGCGGCCCAGCUGAGAGACAAAUUCCCAGCCGACGGGGACCACAACCUGGACUCCCUACCCACUCUGGCCAUGAGUGCAGGGACACUGGGAGCCUUACAGUUGCCCGGUGUGCUGACGCGGCUCCGUGUGGAUCUGUUGUCCUACCUCCGUCAUGUGCAGUGGCUGCGCCGGGCAGGUGGACCUUCCUUGAAGACCCUGGAGCCGGAGCUGGGUGCCCUCCAGGCCCGGCUGGACCGGCUGCUGCGCCGUCUGCAGCUCCUGAUGUCUCGCCUGGCCCUGCCCCCAGCACCCCAAGACCAGCCAGUGACCCCCCUGGGUCCCCCUGCCUCAGCCUGGGGAGGCAUCCGGGCAGCUCAUGCCAUCCUAGGAGGAUUGCACCUGACCUUGGACUGGGCCGUGCGGGGACUGCUGCUGCUCAAGACACGGCUGUAACCCAAGACCCAAAGCCACCAUUGACAUCGUGCUUCAAAGCCAGAUCUUAUUUAUUUAUUUAUUUUGGUACUGGGGGCAUGGCAGUCAGGGCACGCCGCCUCCCUGCCCCCAUCAACCCUUCCCCAGCUAGACAGUCCCUUCAGGACCCCUGGGUGAGGGGGGCAUCUGUGCCUUAUUUAUACUUAUUUAUUUAAGGAGUGGGGAGGGGUGGGAGGCAGAUGGUUUGUGAGUCCCUGAGGAGGAGAGAACAGAGAUCUUGGAUACAUGGCUUUCUUUCUUUUUAAAAAAUUUUAAAAAGUUAUUUAUUUGCAAGCAGAGAAGAGACAGAAU